AGGGCACGAGUUGGGUGGAGAGCGAGUGGGGGUGUAGAACGCACGGCCAGUGGAGAGGGAUCCCAGACAGAGCGCAGCUCAGCGCGCAGCACGCAUCGCGGGGGCACACUGCUCGCCUCGCCUGGCCGCCCAAGUUUUGCGGAGGAGCAAGUUUCACGCGGGUCGAGGAACGGCGACUUGGCUUCUUCACUCGAGGAAUGAUAAUAAUACUACUACACCGGUGCGACGGAUUGAACUAAGGGGGGGUUUUGUCUUCGCCCCCUUACCUCUCCACAACCCCAUCGCCUCUCCCUCCCCCCCCCUUGUUGUUGUCUUUUAAAUGUGGAUCUGCUUCACUGGACGCUGUGGAAGAAGGCCGGUUGGUGCGGAGGGCACGGAGUGAACCAACGGGAAGACUUGGGAUUUGCUUUCGCUGUUGGAGGGAGUGUUGACAGCUUGGAGUCGUUGUCCUCCUCCUGCUGCUGCUGCAGCGACAGAUGCGAGGGCACAUUGACUAGGGAGAUCACGACACAAGAGUUCGAGUGGACCAGGGGGUCCCCCGGACCUGCGGGGCCCCAGGGGAAAUGGGGGUAGGAGGCACCAUGGCCCCAAGGAGUGACAGCCCAGCUGGAACGCCGCCGCCGCCGCGCACAGCUCUGCUGGCCCUCCUGCUGCUGCUGCUGCUCAAAGUGGCCUUUGUGCACGGCCUGAACAAGCGGACGUUCAGCCCCUUCCACUUCACGUCGGAGCCGCGGGACACGGUGGCGGCACGGGGCUCGUCGAUCGUGCUCAACUGCUCGGUGCGCACCUCGGAGGGCACCCCCCGCAUCGAGUGGAAGAAGGACGGCACCUUCAUCAACCUGGCGACGGACGAGCGGCGCGCCCUGCUGCCGGGCGGCUCGCUGCAGCUGCAGAACGUGCUGCACGGCAAGCACCACAAGCCGGACGAGGGCACCUACCAGUGCGUCGCCACCGUCGACUCCCUGGGCACCAUCGUGAGCCGCACCGCGCGGCUCGUCGUAGCCGGAGUUCCCCGCGUCACGGUGCAGCCCGAGCCGAUGUCGGCGCACGUGGGCGAUGCCGCUGUCCUCUCCUGCGAGGUCGGGGGCGAGCCGAUGCCCGGCGUGCGGUGGCAGAAGGACCGGGCGAACCUGACGCUCGACGGGCGCCGGCUGGCGCUUCUGGCCGGCGGGGCGCUGCUGGUGGAGCACGUGGAGGCGGGCGACGCCGGCGUGUACCGCUGCGUGGCCGAAAACAUCGCCAGCUCGCGGGCCAGCGACGAGGCCGAACUCGAGGUCCUAGCCGAGUCGAGCGUCCCGCGGAAGCCCGUGUUUCUGCGCCACGCCAGCGACGUGACGGUGCGGGCGGGAUUGAGCGCCACCCUGGACUGCGCCGUCAGCGGCCACCCGCGUCCCAGCUUGCGCUGGCUCAAGGAAGGUCACCCCGUCCGGGAAAGUUCCGGCAGGGUGACCAUGCUGCCGAAUGGACAGCUGAGGUUUUCCGAGGCCGCUGUGGAAGACUCGGGGAUUUACCAGUGUGUGGUGACCGGUGAAAAUGAGACCCUCAAAGCUCAUGCCGAGCUCUCCGUACAGACCGCUCCGGUGUUUGCGAAGCGCCCGAGGGACACGCUCGCCUACGAGGGCAUGGACGUGGUGCUGGCGUGCAGCGUGACCGGCCACCCCGUGCCCACCGUCAAGUGGGUGAAGAAUGGAGACAUUGUUAUCCCGAGUGACUACUUCCAGAUUGUGGACGAUCACAACCUCAAAAUCCUGGGGCUGGUGAGAUCAGACGAGGGCAUUUAUCAGUGCAUUGCCGAGAGCGAGGCCGGAAAUGCCCAGUCAAGUGCGCAGCUUCUCGUGCUGGAGAGAGACGACAUCGGCCACUCCGUGUCUCCCAACCCGUCGUCCCACCCCCCGUCUGUGACCGGUGCCGCCGCGAACGACCGCCACCGCACAGCGAGCGGCGGGGAGGCCCCUCUGCCGUCGGCGCCCCGCGACGUCGUGGCCGCCCUGGUGUCAACGCGCUUCGUCAAGCUCAUGUGGCGAGCGCCCGCCGAUCCGCAGGGAGACAUCUUGGGCUACACCGUCUUCUACGCCAAGGAGAAGGCCAACAGGGAACGAGCGGUGAACACCACCAAGCCAGGGGACCUGCAGGUCACCGUCGUCGACCUCCACCCCGAGGCGGAGUAUUCCUUCCGCGUCAUGGCCCUCAGCAGGCACGGUCUGGGAGAGAGCUCCCAGACGAUCAGGGUGGCCACACAGGCUGAAGUGCAAGUGCCGGGGCCGGCUAUGAAUCUGGAAGCCGAAGUCACCUCUGCUACCUCCAUCACUCUGAGCUGGGACAUGCCCAUCUCAGGAAAUGGCCCGAUCCUCAACUAUCGCCUUUACUACAUGGAGCGGAGCCCGGGCGUGGAUGGGGAGCAGGAGGUGGACGUGGGCGGCCAGUCGUACAGCAUGCACGGCCUCAAGAAGCACACGGAGUACGGCUUCCGCGUGGUCGCCGUCAACCGGCACGGCCCGGGAGCCUCCACCGAGGACGUGGUGGCGCGGACCUACUCGGACGUUCCCAGCGCUCCACCUUCCAACGUGACCAUAGAAGUUCUCAAUUCAAAGACUAUUAUAGUGCGCUGGCUUCCUCCACCGCAAGGGACGCAGAACGGGCCCAUAACCGGCUACAAAAUCCGUCACAAGAAGGGCUUCCGGCGCGGAGAAACGGAAAACACAGAGGGAAACCAACUCUGGCAUCAGCUUUCAGGUCUUGAAAAGGGCUCGGAGUACAGCUUCAGGGUGGCAGCAAUGAACAUUAAUGGGACGGGUCCGUCCUCUGAAUGGGUUUCGGCGGAGACCUUUGAAGACGACUUGGAUGAAUCGCGCGUGCCCGACCAGCCCAGCUCGCUGCACGUUCGGCCACUCACCACCAGCAUCGUGGUGAGCUGGACGCCUCCGGCCAGCCACGGCGUCAUGGUGCGGGGUUACCUCAUCGGCUACGGUGUAGGAAGCCCCUACGCAGAGACCAUCCGCGUCGACACCAAGCAGCGCUACUACGCCAUCGACAACCUCGAACCAAAUCACCAGUACGUCAUCUCUCUGCGGGCUUUUAACCAAAUGGGGCAGGGCGUGCCGCUGUACGAGAGCGCGACCACUCGUGCCGUCACAGACCCUGAAGAUCCUGCGGAGGAUGACCUGUUUGACCUUUUCGUGGACCCUUUCACGGCAGUCCCAGAUCUCCCCACUCCCAUGCUGCCCCCCGUGGGGGUUCAGGCCUUCGUCAUCUCCCACGACACCAUCAGGGUCACGUGGGCAGACAACACUCUGGCCAAGAACCAGCGCAUCCCAGACGCGCGCCACUACACCAUCCGUUGGAAGACAUACUUCUCCACCACAGCCAAAUACAAGACGGCGAACUCCACGACAUUCACGUACCUGGUGAGCAGCCUCAAGCCCAGCACGCUGUACGAGUUCUCCGUCAUGGUCACCAAGGGACGCCGCUCCAGCACCUGGAGCAUGACGGCACAGGGCACCACAAUGGAGGCGGUGCCUUCGUCCGCUCCAAAGGAUCUCACGGUCAUCAGCAAAGAGGGAAAACCUCGGACCGUCAUCGUGAACUGGCAGCCCCCGGUCGAAGCCAAUGGCAAAAUCACAGGAUAUAUCAUCUACUAUACGACAGAUGCCACAGCUGAGCUGCAUGACUGGGUCGUGGAGCCUGUGGUGGGGGACCGUCUGUCCCACCAAGUGCAGGAGCUCACGCUGGACACGGGAUACUACUUCAAGAUCCAGGCUCGUAACGCCAAGGGCAUGGGCCCGCUCUCCGAUGCGGUGUCAUUCCGCACGCCCAAGGUUUCCACCACUGCUGCAAAAGGGGCAGUUGGAGAGGGAGGCUCCUGGCCUGGCAACCCCUUUGACAGGGCCAGUUUCAAUGACGCCCCGACGGGACAGAUCCCGCCUCCGCAGGGCGCCCGCGGCUCCGCGCUGGACAACAACCUCCUCAUCAUCAUCGUCGUGACGGUGGGCGGGGUGACCGUCAUCGCCGUCAUCGUGCUGGCCGUCGUGUGCACGCGUCGCUCUGCCGCCACACAGAAGAAGAAAAGGUCGGCGCACAAGCCCAACAAUGGCUCGGGCAAACGCAAAGGCAACCCCAAAGACCUGAAGCCUCCGGACCUGUGGAUCCACCAUGAGACGGUGGCUCUCAAGCCAAUGGACAAGUCGCCGGGACCCGACAGUGCCUUGGCGGACACGCCGAUGACGCACGGCUCCCACGAGAUCGAGGGCUACGGCCGAGAAUCCGAAGACGGGAUGUCGACUAUGGAACGCUCUAUAGCGGCGCGCCACGCCAUGCGACCGAAGAUCGUGAUUCCUGGAGAGUCUCAGUCACAACUGUUGGCAACAGCCUCCCGCCACCAUAACCCGGCAAAGAAUCACCCGUCCUACCUCUCCCUCCCCCGGCCGCCACCACCGCACCACCACCACCACCAUCACCACCACCACCACCAGCUCUCCCCGCUGCCCCCUGCGCCCUCUCCGCCCCCCUUAACCGGCACCCCCUCGCCCUCCUGUAGCUUCCCAGGCCCCCCGGCAUACGACGUGUGCAUUGUGGGUCUCCCGGGGGCAGGUGGCGGCAGGGCUUCUGCCAGGGACUCACUGCAGCAGUCGCCAAGCGGAGAAAUGGCCCCAGGUCCCGUGCCGGGCCUGGGCGAGAGCGACGGUUGUCCGACGGCCGGACCGGCGGCUGCCGCCGGUCCGGCCGUCGCGUCGGUGGUGGCGGACGACGAUCCGCCGGGCCGGCACCUUCCCACGGCGCACGUGCGGCCCUCCCAGCCGCUCACCAGCUUCGCCGUGCCUGUUGUGCCCGCCCACCCGUCCGUCGAUGGCGCCGCUGCCGUGGGCAGCGUGGGCCCGCUGCACCCGCAAGGUGGUCCUCAGCUGCUUCCAGCCAGGACGGCUUCGGUGGGCACAUUGGGACGUACCCGCGCCCCGCUGCCUGUCACCAUGCCCAGCGCCCCUGACGCCCCCGUGGAACCCAGCCACCAUCCCUUCGAGGACACGGAGAGCACCUUCGGGCAAGACGACGAGGAGCUGAGUGCUGAGAUGGCAAACCUGGAAGGGCUGAUGAAGGACCUCAAUGCUAUCACAUCCUCAGGAAUCUGAACAGCCAUUGGCCCAGAGGAGAAAUUACAAAAUUGAACUCGAAUGAAAAGCAUCUGGACAAGUAAGAGACACACAAAUGGCGGUGUCGGUGUAAUUGCUAGCAAACACUGCAGCGUUUUGCAAGCCAUCAACCCGUGAUUUCAAUGCCUCUGGUGUGCCAAGUUCAUCGCUGACUGAUGGAUGAUUAAUGCGGUUUUUCGCAACCCAUUUUUGAAAGCUUGCUUUGAAGCAAUGAUUGAGAACUUCAAGCUGUACCUUUAAAGACUUUUUCGAGCUCUGAAGUGUCAUCAAAGCUGGGAGACAUCAAUGCGGUGGACAUGCCCCUUGCAAGGGAAUCGAUGUGGAUUGUUACAUCCUCUACAACGCCACUUUGUGGAAAAGCACCUUUGCAAUCCUCGACUUAAAAUCGGCAAAACUGAACACUUCUCUUGAAGGAGAAGAGUGAGAAGACAAUUAGAAAAAUAAAUGUGGGUUAGGGAGAAAGCAAAACAAUACAAUUCUCUUUGCAAAGAAGCGCAUUUUAAAAGUAAAUAUUUUGUUGUAUGCGUAUUUUAACUUUUAUGUCUUCUUGGAGCCUGUAGAUAGCUAUUGUGUUAGUCUGUUGACAUGUACAUACUGGCAAUAUGGUGUCUUUAUGUUACGUACAGUACAAUCACGUAUUUUUUUGCGAAAAAUCUGGUACCUUUUUUGAUAAUGGGUGCAACCGUGGAUGUUCACGAAAGGGACAUCAAUACCACUGAAGGGGUUCGAAGGGAGGAGGAGGGUGGUGGGAGUGGUGGGGGUGGGGAGUGGGAGGAAGGUUCUGGAUUAACGAUUAAAGUCCAACCAUCAAAGAAGACAUGGGCUGGCAGCGACCUGGAAUUUCAAUCAAUAACGAGCUGCACCUGGGACUUGCUCACAAGCCCCCUGAACCUCAUUUCAGUCUGUCCAGCGAUGCCAUUUCUUGGAAUAAUGGAAAAUAAAUAUUAUUGUUGUUUUUUUUAAGAUGGGAGAAUGAGAGUGGGUAUAUUUAUUUAUCUCCCCCCUCAAUCGCCAUAAGCGGAGAGAUGUGUUUGCAUUAUUACAGAACGCAAUAGGGCCACACACACACGUGGUAGGCAACAUCUUAACAGCACAAACGGUUACAAUGGGAGUGUUUUAGGGCAGCUGCGCUGUUGUGACUACCAAUUGUGCCAACUUUUUAAGAGUUUUCACUGUUUGCAUCUGUUUGCAUCUGUUCAGGCUCGCAUUCAUUGUAGACGGUGAGACACGUUUAUAAUGCGUCACUCAAAGGGUUCACAAAACACCUCCCAUUCGGCCUCCCCCCGGUACACGGUGAUUCACACUUGCAGUGUUGGCCAUGGCUGUACGCAAGACACAUGGCAGCUGGUCACUGCCAACAUAACGCUUGUAAGAAUAUGGCACAAAAUGGGAUUAACAAAUGCUGCGUGUUAUUUUGAUUCGUACACAUGAACGAUUUGUUGUUAUUAUCAUCAUCGUUAUUUUACCUCCUGUAUUACCACGCCGGUUAGUCGAUUCGUCGUGAUGUGGAGAGCUUUUUUUUCCCGUAGACGCUUUGCAAAAGGCCAGUUCAAGAUUUGCCAUCUGGCGCAACUGUUAAUAAACCGAGCCUUGGUGAUCGCUGCUGCAGAAAUUGUAUCUGUUAAGCCCCUGUGCAUGGCGAGAUGCGCGUGUUGAUGACGGGUGGCACGUCAUUUUUUGUCUCGCGAUGAAGUUGCCAUGGGUGCUCGUCGUCCGCAAAGACAGUUGAAACGUUGAUCAGCAAUGCCAUAUCUGCCUGGCGGUUACAUCGUCACGCAUGGUGAUGCUUGCCGGUCAAAGCACUCGACUCUGAAACGAACAUGAACCAAUGCUGAUUGAUAUGGGUGGAGUACAGAGAGAGAGAGAGAGCCCAAAGGCCCCAUUCUUUUACGCACGAAAAAGGCAGCAGCUUUGGUGGUAAUAAUUUGGGGAUGUUGACAAAACAGUUUAUGAAGGACAGAGACGACAGUGUUGAAUUGCUAUGCAGUUCAGGCCUGGAUAAUAAUAAAAAAACCACUGAGCUUUAUUUAUGGAUGUUAUGUUACUUAGCUCUAAAUUAAAUACUUGAAUAAUUGUACAUUGUCAAAGGUGUACAAAGUGGUAAAAAUGUUUCCAUUGUAAACAGCGUUUUCUCGGACAAAAUGGGAAACUUACUUUUCCUAUAUUUGACCCAGGCCGAAAAAAAGGUACUAACUUUUCAGCACAAUAAUGAAUACAAGUCUGCGUGUUAUUAGUAUCAAUAUACUGUUGUAGAGUAUGCUGGCUAAUCAAGUCAUUUGGUACAUUUUCCACAUUCUUAUGGACAAUGAUGUAUUUUAAACCAAUCAUUUGCAUAUAUACCAUCACUUACAACCAUUGCUCUUUUCUAUGAAGGCUGUUUAACCCUGCCAUGACUAGUACUUUAUCCACUUAAAUAUUUCACUUUUUGACCGAGCGUCUGUUAAAUUUGCCACUGUAGCUAUCGUCUGCUUUUAAUAUGUGGCAUUCUUAAAAACAUCGAUCACGUCGAAUGAACAUCCGCAUUUAGCUGACUGAUUUUUUGAAAGUUGAUGCCCUAGCUUUUUUUCAGAAUUACACGGUUGUUAAUAUCAAGUGUUCAAUGAUAAAUAUAUAUUUUUUAGUCGUCUGCAUUUAUUCUCUCAAUUUUGAGGUUCAUAUUGCUAAGUGCUACGUUUGGUACCGUUUUGCUUUGGAGUAUACUUUUGAGUGUGUGACAAGUGGCUCUUACCGUUUCUGAAACUGUUAACAUUUAGACCCUUAAAGACGCUCAUUGUGAUACAAAUGAAUAAAACUGCUGUCUUAUAUAGAA